CUGAAGUAGAGGAGUGAAGAAAAGUGGUGUGCGGGUGAGAUGAUGAGAAGAAGACGGGUGGAAAUUCCCAUAGUGUUUUAUCGUAUUUUAUUGGGGUUUGGAGACAGUUUCAAUGUCUGUGGUGGCAGUGUCAGUGGUGAUGGUGGUGGCAGUGGGGGGGAAAUUUUUUGAGGAGAAAUUUUGAAGGGAGAGAUUUUUGCAGUGAGAUUUUUGUAGAGGAGACGGAGAAGACGAACGGAGAGUGAGAAGAGGGGAAGAGAGGGGAAAAACCGAAGCCGGAGAUUUCAAAAGGGGGAGUACGGACUCUAUUUUUAGAACAUCUCCAAAGUUGCAUAGUGCGUGCGUGUUGGUGUGUUUAGUUUUUGGUGUUGGUGAGAAGAUCCGAUUCAGAAUCAAAGUCAACUUCUUCUCAAAAAUACCAACAUUUCUCCCGAAAAAUUCAAAAGAGGGAGUCAAACCACAAAUGGCGACCCCUCCAUUGACGACCCCACCCGUGACGACAACCCCAACGCCAACAACUCCAACCACAUCCACAAUAAAAACCUCAGAUGAUGACUCUGGUUGCGCGUUGGAAGAGUACAGCUGGGUCCCUCCAGGGUUGUCCGCUGAGCAGGUGCACCUCUACUUCUCGACCCUCCCUGAAUCCUCCAUCCCGUAUUUAAACUCUGUGGGUGAAAAGUCCCGGAUCAACGCUCUGCUCACCCAACUGCCCCCGCACGACAACGAGCCUCGAUAUUGCCAAGGAUUAUCUCCAGAGGAGACGAAGGAGUUUCUCAUUUUUAAUAAUCAGAGGAAAAGGGAGGCCCUGGGGAGAGGGGUUGUUAGGGUCGCGGAGAAGAGCGGCUUCUGCGGGGAGUGCACCUCCCCCUACUACUCGACGGACCUGGUGAUCACGGCCUCGCGCGUCUCUGCCACGUAUCAUCCGCCCUGUUUCGUCUGUUCCGUCUGCCGGGAGUUGUUGGUGGAUUGUAUUUAUUUCGUCGUGGAGGAGAAAUUGUACUGCGGACGGCAUCACGCGGAAACGCUGAAACCCAGAUGCUGGUCAUGCGAUGAAAUCAUUUUCAGUGAUGAGUGCACAGAAGCGGAGGGGAAAGCCUUCCACAUGGGUCAUUUCUGCUGCUGCGAAUGUCAAUGUGUUCUCGGUGGUCAGCGUUACAUUAUGAAAAAUUCCUCACCCUUUUGCCUCACCUGUUUCGACUCCAUCUUUGCCGAGUACUGCGACUCUUGCGGGGAGCCCAUCGGGGUGGACCAAGGCCAAAUGACCCACGAGGGCCAGCACUGGCACGCCACGUCCUCCUGUUUCGCCUGCGCGGAGUGUGACAAAUCCCUGUUGGGAAUACCAUUUUUACCGAGAAGAGGGAAAAUAUUUUGCUCGAUCCAGUGCAGUCGUGGUGGUCAGAAUAAAGUGAAUACGACGCCCACGCCGGUGGGUGGUCCGACGGAUGAGGAGGAUGAAGCACAGUCGAAAAUGAAAUCUGAGAAUAAACGGAGGUUUGAAAUGAGGAGUGUGGAACCGGAUUUUGCUUCCAGGAGGGAGAUUGAAAAGGUGGAGGAGAAUAUUUAUGCGCAGUCGCAGAGGGAGCAGAGAGGGGAGCAGCAGACGACGACGACGAGGGAUGAGCAAAGAGUGGAAGAGACCGUGGAGGAAAAGAUAAGCAGCGCAGUGAACGCACCGAUAGGAUUGCCGUCGCUGGAUGGGAUUUAUUCUGCGGCCCCAGCGAAGUCGCCCUUAUCACCUCUUAAGACACCCACUAAGAAACCCUCCAUAAAAUCCCCCACCACCACCUCCACCAAACCUGACCCACCACCUCCACAAUCCCAACUCCUCACGCUGAAAACCCCCCAAGGCGCCACCCUAACUUUAUCCUUAUCCGACCCCCACCUACCCCAAACGCUCUCCAAACUGGUCUCCACCCUACAACAAACCACCUCCCAAACCCCAACUCGCCCGAGGAUCCGUUUUAGUGACGACGUUAAUGGCGACGAGAGUGAGAGCAGUGAGACGAGUGAGAGCACAACAACGAGUGAAAGUGAACAAGAAUUUAUUUUCAAUCCAAUUCAACAGCCUAAAUUUAUUGACAAUAAGAAACAGGGGAAGAACAAGGGAGUCAACAAGGGUGGAGUGGGGACAGCAUCAUCAGAGUGUGUCAUUAGUUAAAGAAAAAUAUAUUUAUUUAAUAAAGUUUUUGUUAUA